GCGGUAGCUUAGUUAAAACGCUGUUAUUUGGAAAAAGGCCAGCAUCAAUCAGCGAUCGCAUUGGGCGACAUUUUUGUCAACGCUAUCUGAUCUCCCAAGAUUCCCGUAACUGAAGGUUGAUUAAAAAAACCCUAAUUUUGCCUCUCGUCUCCCAAGAGAGAAGGAAAAAAAAAAAAACUUUGAAGAAAAAAAUGGUGUUUUACUUCAAAGCCCGACCUGAGGCUGGCGAUUACACCAUUUUCAUGGGUCUCGACAAGUACGAGAACGAGGAACUCAUCAAAUACGGCUUCCCCGAAGACAUUUGGUUCCAUGUGGAUAAAAUGUCUUCUGCUCAUGUUUAUGUAAGACUUCAUAAAGGUCAAACCAUCGAUGAUAUAAGCGAAGGUUUGCUUGAAGAUUGUGCUCAGCUUGUUAAAGCUAAUUCAAUCCAAGGCAACAAAGUGAACAAUAUCGAUGUUGUUUACACUCCAUGGUCCAACUUGAAAAAAACUCCUUCCAUGGAUGUUGGCCAAGUUGGCUUUUACAAUUCCAAGAUGGUCCGGACUGUGAGAGUGGAGAAGCGGAUAAAUGAGAUAGUUAACAGGUUGAACAGGACUAAAGUGGAAAGGAAACCUGAUUUGAAAGCUGAGAGAGAAGCGGUUAGUGCAGCAGAAAGAGCAGAGAGAAAGCAACAGCUGAGGGAAAAAAAACAUCGUGAGGAACUGGAAAGGCUUGAAAAGGAAAGACAAGCAGAGAUAAGAAGCUACAAGGGUCUCAUGGUCUCUGAAAAGAUGACAUCAAACAAACAAAUUGCAGCGACAAGCAAGUCCUUGCAGGAACUUGAAGAGGAUUUUAUGUGAAACAUAUUGGUAUUUGAAAUCCGAUCAAGAUGCUGCUAGCCGCCCGUCAAAGAGGAUUUUAUUUGCCUCAUGAAUAAGUCAUCUAAGUCCUGAAUAUUUAUAAGAAAAAAAGACGACAUGGAAUGGGAACGAACUUCAAGGAGUAGAAAGACGUCAAGAUUGAGGUUGGGGGAGAAGAACUUCUAUUAUAGUUUUAAUAUAUUCUACAAAACAUGAUUCAUAUCUCCAUUGCCGCUUAACGUGUGAUCUUUUUUGCAUUUUUAACAUUUAUUUUGAUUGCAAAUUUGCAAAUGAUCAUGUCAUAUUACCAUGGUUUUGAUUUUGUUUU